AUGAAACCAAACAUUUUCCAUGAGUGCAGAAAGAGCUUUGCUCAGAGCGCACACCUUAAGCAACAUCAAAGAAUUCACUCUGGUGAGAAGAUUUAUAAAUGCUUAGAGUGCGGAAAUAGCUUUGCUCAGAGCGCACACCUUAAGCAACAUCAAAGAAUUCACUCUGGUGAGAAGACUUAUAAAUGCUUAGAGUGCGGAAAUAGCUUUGCUCAGAGCGCACACCUUAAGCAACAUCAAAGGAUUCACACUGGGGAGAAGCCCUAUAAAUGCUUAGAGUGUGGAAAGAGCUUUGAUUGCAGCACACAACUUAAGCAGCAUCAAAGAAUUCACACUGGGGAGAAGCCCAAUAAAUGCUUAGAGUGUGGAAAGAGUUUUGCUCGCAGCACAUACCUUAAGCGGCAUCAAAGAGUUCAUACUGGGGAAAAACCCUAUAAAUGCUUAGAGUGCGGAAAGAGCUUUGGUCGCAGCGCACAACUUAAGCAGCAUCAAAGAAUUCACACUGGGGAAAAGCCCUAUAAAUGCUUAGAGUGCAGAAAGAGAUUUGGUUGCAGCACACACCUUAAGCGGCAUCGAACAGUUCAUACUGGAGAGAAGCCCUAUAAAUGCUUUGAGUGCAGAGAGAGCUUUGCUCACAGCACAAGCCUUAAGCGGCAUCAAAGAAUUCACACUGGGGAGAAGCCCUAUAAAUGCUUAGAGUGCGGAAAGAGCUUUGCUCAGUGCACAAGCCUUAAGCUGCAUCACAGAAUUCACACUGGGGAGAAACCCUAUAAAUGCUUAGAGUGUGGAGAGAGCUUUGCUCAUGACACAAGCCUUAUGCAGCAUCAAAGAAUUCACACUGGGGAGAAGCCCUAUAAAUGCUUUGAUUGCGGAGAGAGCUUUGCUCGCAACAGAAGCCUUAAGCAGCAUCAAAUAAUUCAUACUAGUGAGAAUCCCUAUAAAUGCUUUGAUUGUGGAGAGAGCUUUGCUUGCAACAGAAGCCUUAAGCAGCAUCAAAGAAUUCAUACUGGGGAGAAGCCCUAUAAAUGCUUCGAUUGCGGAGGGAGCUUUGUUCACAACACAAGCCUUAAGCAGCAUCAAAGAAUUCAUACUGGGGAGAAGCCCUAUAAAUGCAUAGAGUGUGGAAAGAGCUUUGCUCAGUGCACAAGCCUUAAGCUACAUCACCGAAUUCAUACUGGGGAGAAACCCUGUAAAUUACAAGAGGUUGGCAUGCCCUUCAUGGAAGAGAAUAAGGUCUAUAUCAUUCUCUGUUCGUUGCCAGACAGCUGGCUGGUGCUCAUGACCAGUAUGGAAUUGAUGAGACCAGAAGACCUUAACUUGGGUUAUGUAACUGGACGCCUUCUGCAAGAAGAACAGAGACGUAUUGAAAGACAAGCGGAGGACGGAAGGGAGAGGAAAUUCGACCAUGAAUCGCAUGGAAGGGGCCAGCCCACCACCAAAGCCCCGGCUGAGCGUUUUCCUGCGGAGGCAGUGGAGAGAGCCCUUGCUAUGCGGAGGUGUUAUCGGUGUGAUAUGGUCAUCACACCAGGUCUCCUGGAGCAUGGCCACAUCAAAGCUGUUGAGAAACAAUUCACUUUCAACUCAAAACUUAACUUGCAUCAAAGAAUUCACACUGGGGAGAAGCCCUAUAAAUGUUUAGAGUGUGAGAAUACCUUUGCUCAGAGCACACACCUUAAGCAGCAUCAAGUAAUUCACACUGGGGAGAAGCCCUAUAAAUGCUUUGAGUGUGGGAAGACCUUUACUCAGAACACAAACCUUAAGCGGCAUCAAAGAAUUCACACUGGGGAGAAUUCCUAUAAAUGCUUAGAGUGCGGGAAGACCUUUGCUCAGAACACACAGCUUAAGCAGCAUCAAGGAAUUCACACUGAGGAGAAGCCCUAUAAAUGUUUAGAGUGUGGGAAGACCUUUGCUCAGCGCACACAACUUAAAAUGCAUCAAAGAAUUCACACUGGGGAGAAGCCCUAUAAAUGCUUUGAAUGUGGGAAGAGCUUUCUUAUGAGCUCACAGCUUAAGCAGCAUCAAGGAAUUCACACUGGGGAGAAGACCUAUAAAUGUUUAGAGUGUGGGAAGACCUUUGCUCAGAGCACACACCUUAAGCAGCAUCAAGGAAUUCACACUGGGGAGAAGCCCUAUAAAUGCUUUGAGUGUGGGAAGACUAUUGCUGAGAGCACACAGCUUAAGCUGCAUCAAAGAAUUCACACUGGGGAGAAGCCCUAUAAAUGCUUAGAGUGCAGGAAGACCUUUGCUCAGAGCACACACCUUAAGCAGCAUCAAGGAAUUCACACUAGGGAGAAGCCCUAUAAAUGCUUAGAAUGCGGGAAGACAUUUGCUCGGAGCACACACCUUAAGCGGCAUCAAGGGUUUCACACUGGUGAGAAGCCCUAUAAAUGCUUUGAAUGUGGGAAGACCUUUGCUCAGAGCACAGACCUUAAGCGGCAUCAACGAAUUCACACUGGUGAGAAGCCCUAUAAAUGCUUUGACUGCGGAAGGACCUUUCUUCAGAGCACAGACCUUAAGCGGCAUCAACGAAUUCACACUGGUGAGAAGCCCUAUAAAUGCUUAGAAUGCGGGAAGACCUUUGCUCAGAGCACACACCUUAAGCAACAUCAAGGAAUUCACACUGGGGAGAAGCCCUAUAAAUGCUUAGAGUGUGAGAAAACCUUUGCUCAGAGCACAAGCCUUAAGCUGCAUCAAAGAAUUCACACUGGGGAGAAGCCCUAUAAAUGCUUAGAAUGCGGGAAGACCUUUGCUCACAGCAGCAGCCUUAAGCAGCAUCAAAGAAUUCACUCUGGGGAGGAGCCCUAUAAAUGCUUAGAAUGCGGGAAGACCUUUGCUCAGAGCACACACCUUAAGCAGCAUAAAGGAAUUCACACUGGGGAGAAGUCCUAUAAGUGCUUAAAGCCCUAUAAAUGCUUUGAAUGCGGGAAAACCUUUGCUCAGAGCACACACCUUAAGCGGCAUCAACGAAUUCACACUGGUGAGAAGCCCUAUAAAUGCUUUGAAUGCGGGAAGACCUUUGCUCAGAGCACACACCUUAAGCAACAUCAAGGAAUUCACACUGGGGAGAAGCCCUAUAAAUGCUUAGAAUGCGGGAAGACCUUUGCUCGGAGCACAUACCUUAAGCGGCAUCAAGGAUUUCACAUUGGUGAGAAGCCCUAUAAAUGCUUUGAAUGCGGGAAGACAUUUGCUCACAGCACACACCUUAAGCAACAUCAAGGAAUUCACACUGGGGAGAAGCCCUAUAAAUGCUUAGAAUGCGGGAAGAGCUUUGCUCGGAGCACAUACCUUAAGCGGCAUCAAGGAUUUCACAAUGGUGAGAAGCCCUAUAAAUGCUUUGAAUGCGGGAAAACCUUUGCUCAGAGCACACACCUUAGGCGGCAUCAACGAAUUCACACUGGGGAGAAGCCCUAUAAAUGCUUUGAAUGCGGGAAGACCUUUGCUCACAGCAGCAGCCUUAAGAAGCAUCAAAGAAUUCACUCUGGGGAGGAGCCCUAUAAAUGCUUAGAAUGCGGGAAGACCUUUGCUCAGAGCACACAGCUUAAGCAGCAUAAAGGAAUUCACACUGGGGAGAAGCCCUAUAAAUGCUUAGAAUGCGGGAAGAGCUUUGCUCGGAGCACAUACCUUAAGCGGCAUCAAGGAUUUCACAAUGGUGAGAAGCCCUAUAAAUGCUUUGAAUGCGGGAAAACCUUUGCUCAGAGCACACACCUUAGGCGGCAUCAACGAAUUCACACUGGGGAGAAGCCCUAUAAAUGCUUUGAAUGCGGGAAGACCUUUGCUCACAGCAGCAGCCUUAAGAAGCAUCAAAGAAUUCACUCUGGGGAGGAGCCCUAUAAAUGCUUAGAAUGCGGGAAGACCUUUGCUCAGAGCACACAGCUUAAGCAGCAUAAAGGAAUUCACACUGGGGAGAAGUCCUAUAAGUGCUUAGUGUAG